AUGUCAAAAAGGGAAUCAUCUGGAAGUAUAUCAAGAAGAGAUUCAUCAAAUAAUAAUCCAAAGUAUGAAUUUGAUAAAGCAUUCCAUAAUGCUCUCAAGACUAUUGUGAAUGUAUAUGUAGAAGUACAAUUACAAACAGAGAUUACUUCUUUACAAAAGACUUGCAACAAAGUACAAGAAGAGACUAAAAAGAGUCAGACAGCCAAGGAUAAACAAAUGAAUGCAUGGAGAGCUUAUCAAGAUGAAACUGAUAAACAUGAGGAGAUGAAGAAGCACAAAGUAUUUGAGGAUGAGGGUAAAAAAUGGGAUGAACAAGAUGAGGUUGCAAAGGCAGCUGUAAUUGUUCUUAUUACAGAGUUUAAUAUUCUGAUUAAUACAAUCAAGAGAGAUCUUGAUGUGGAUCCUCAAGGCCGUGCAUAUAUUGACAGGGAUCUUAAGAAGAAGAAUAUUGACUUGCAGAAGGCUCUGACUCAGGUUAGAGAUGCAGUCCUUGAUGCAUCCACAAUUCAUCCGAAAAAGUUACCAACUACCCUCAAGGCAGCUAGCAAAGUACUGGAAUCAAUGGCUUCUGCAGACAACAGUGCCUGGAGGGGCCAAGUUAAGGGAUUGGAGAUUUAUAAUGACAUCCUUGCAUUGGAUAAGGAGAUGUCUUCGGAGGACGAAUCAGCAGAGACAAGUCGGACACUCCAGUCGGGAAAGGCAGAGAUGGAAAGAUACAAGAAGAGUGCUGAGGCUUUGCAGAUCAAAGUGAGCGUUCAUGAUAAACGUGAGGAAGCAAUGGAGGAAUUUAGGAAAGCUAUAACCUGA